AUAAACAGCAAAAACAAGAGCUGGUGUGUGCACAAACACACAAGCCUUCUCCAAUGGCCAUCCAAUCCACUUCCACUCCUCUAUAUGAGAAAAUAAGCCUGAAAAGCAAUGCGAAGAGGGCGGUCGAGAUCUUCAUCUUGUUCCUUCUUGUCUCCCUUCUCGCAUAUCGGCUUGUGCACCUUAAGGACCAUGGACUCGAGUGGCAGGUCGCGCUCGUGUGCGAGUCGUGGUUCACGUUCGUGUGGGUUCUCGUGGUCAGCUCCAAAUGGAGCCCCGUGGACUACCAAACUUACCCUCAACGUGUCUUGCAAAGGGUAACUGAGCUUCCUCCGGUGGACGUCUUUGUCACAACAGCGGAUCCACAGCUAGAGCCACCGAUCAUCACAGUGAACACAGUCCUCUCUUUAAUGGCGGUAGACUAUCCAGCUCAUAAGCUAGCGUGCUAUGUCUCUGACGACGGCUGCUCGCCAUUGAUCUUCUACUCUCUAAUGGAAGCUGCCAAGUUCGCAAAGCUCUGGGUUCCGUUUUGUAAGAAGUACAAUAUUCAAUUGCGAGCCCCAUUCCGGUACUUCGCUGGUGACGUGACGACGUUGUCUGGUGAAGACUGCUCCUGGGAAUUCCAACAAGCACGGGACACAAUGAAGGAUGAGUACGAGAAGCUGAGCAGGAAGAUAGAAGACGCGUCCCAAGGCUCAGUCCCAUUUGAUCUUACUGGGGAGUUUGCGGCUUUCUCUAACACAGAACGUAGUAAUCAUCCCAGUAUUAUUAAGAUCAUACUGGAAAAUAAGGAAGGUCAUCCAGAUGCAUUGCCGCAUCUGAUCUAUAUAUCAAGAGAAAAGCGGCCAAAGCAACCACAUCAUUACAAUGCAGGAGCCAUGAAUGUCUUGACCAGAGUUUCAGGACUCAUGACGAAUGCACCAUUCACUAAUGUCGACUGCGACAUGCAUGCCAACAAUCCACAAAUUGUUCUUCAUGCUUUAUGUCUUCUUCUCGGUACAAAACGUGAGAGAGACUGCGCAUAUGUUCAAUGUCCACAGAUCUUCUAUGAUGGACUAAAGGAUGACCCGUUUGGAAAUCAAAUGGUGGUCUUAUUCGAAUAUAUGGGACGAGGAAUAGUGGGAAUUCAAGGACCUUUCUAUUCAGGAACGGGAUGCUUUCAUCGUCGAAAAGUGAUCUAUGGAUCAUGGCCAGAUGACAUGAAGACUGAAAAUAGCGGUCUUACCUCAAACGGAGAAUUAACCAAGGAAAACCUGCUAAACGAAUUUGGAAGUUCAAAACAGUUCAUAAAUUCUGCUGCUCAAGCUCUACAGGGCAAUUCAAAUCAUCUCGAAGAUCUUUCGAGCUCUCUUGAAACAGUCCAUUAAGUUGCUAGUUGCACCUAUGAAUAUGAUACUGAUUGGGGUCAAAAGAUCGGCUGGAUGUACGGAUCGACGACAGAAGAUAUCCUUACGGGACUGGCAAUCCAAACCAAGGGUUGGAAAUCAGUCUAUUGUUCACCAAAUCCACCUGCUUUUCUAGGUUGCGCACCAUCUGGUGGGCCUGCCUCAAUGACCCAGCAAAAGAGAUGGGCCACAGGCCUACUCGAAGUUCUAGUAAGCAAAAAGAAUCCAAUAUAUGGCACCCUAUUCGUGCAGCUCCAUUUCAGGCAAUGUUUGGCGUACCUUUGGCUCCUAAUUCGAGCACUUAGAUCGAUACCUGAGUUCUUAUAUGCUCUCAUACCAGCUUAUUGUAUCAUGACCAACUCCCACUUCUUGCCUAAGGGACAAGAACCAGCUUCCGUAAUUCCAGCUGCUAUUUUCGUCAUCUACAACUUAUACUGUUUGCAUGAGUACUUCAUGACUAACUUGUCAAUACUUGAAUGGUGGAAUAACCACAGAAUGCAACAGAUAACAUCUACAUGUGCCUGGUCAUUUGGAUUCUUAAGUGUUGUACUCAAGCUCUUGGGGCUAUCAGAGACAGUAUUUGAAGUAACCAAGAAGGAACAAUCUGCAUCUAGUGAUAGUAGUAGUGCUGAACUUGGGAGGUUCACCUUUGAUGGGUCCCCAGUUUUUGUACCGGGCACUACUCUCCUGUUGGUGCACUUGACCGCAGUACUUACAAUGUUGCUAGGGUUGCGCCCACAAGCAUCCAAUGACAAUGGCUCUGGCUUAGGAGAGGUGGUCUGUACUGUAUGGCAGGUGUUGUGUUUCUGGCCAUUUUUUAGGGGGCUAUUUGGGAAAGGAAAAUAUGGGAUUCCUUCCACUACUAUAAUGAAGGGAGCCAUCCUAGCAAGUGUUGUAGUUUACUUAUGUAGAAUUACAUCCACAAGUUGAUAAGGGCUGCAAUUGUUGAAUUUUGUAUUUGCAAAAUUAAAAGCAUGAUUGUAAAAUUAAUCGUGCCCUUUGCUUCCGAUUGAAGAAGAGAUAUUCUCAUUGCUUUUAUGGAAACUCUUACGGAA